CAGUAUUUUUGUACAAAACUACAACGAAAGAAGAAGGAAGAUGAACAAGGAAGUACAGGAAGCUAACCGAGGGCUUUUGUUUUGUUUCUAGUGUCCGAUGCAUAAGGAGUUCUCAUUUUGUAUUGAACCGCAGGGUUGAAACUCGAAUAUUAUGUUAAACUGAUCAUGGAUGAUAGUUAAUUUUUUUGUUCGUUUCAGUUAGCGUGUGUUCUAGCAACAUCGUAGAUAUUUCUUUCAGAAGAAGCUAGACUGACAACAACAGGCCCAGCUGGAAAGCUAAGUUAACUAGCAAGGCUAGCUUUUGUUCAAUUUUUUGACACAGCUGUCUGAUGUUUGCGUCUUUUUAGAUCUCACACGAUUGUACAUUUUAAACAUUUAUCCAGCAAACGUAAAUCGCUGUAUGCUAUUCAAAUAAACGAUUCAGUCAGAGCGACUGUUCUACUUUCGAGUGCCGCAAUACACUAACUGGCGGAGAGGAGGAUUGUCUAAAGCUAUCGGACCUUAGCUAACAAAGCGGAAUUGAUCAUUUAGACGUGACUCAAUCUGUAAACCUGGUUUAGUAAAAGAGGUGAUUGGAUGACAAUGUAUGCACCACCGGGAACCACUGUCCCUGGAAACCGGCGAAGACGAGCAGGUACCACACUGCCCAAACAGCCCGAGCGGAGCCUGGCAUCUGCGCUCCCCGGUGCUCUGUCCAUCACGGCUCUGUGUACUGCCCUGGCCGAACCGGCUUGGCUGCGAGUCCAUGGGGGUACGUGCCCCAGACAAGAACUUGGUGUGGCAGAUGUCCUGGGAUACACCGACCCUAAACUCCUGGAAGAUUAUUGCGUGAACUCUCAGACCAUCUUACUGCUGAGGGUCAUAGCUGCCUUCUGUUUCCUGGGCAUACUGUGCAGCCUGACAGCUUUUCUGCUGGAUGUGUUUGGGCCCAAACACCCUGCCCUCAAGAUCACCCGCAGAUAUGCUUUUGCCCACAUCCUUACAGUGCUGCAGUGCGCCACUGUCAUCGGGUUCUGCUACUGGGCGUCUGAGCUCAUCCUGUCUCUGCAGCAGCAGCACAAGAAGUACCACGGCUCCCUCAUCUACGUCACCUUCGCCAUCAGCUUCUACCUGGUGGCCGGCGCGGGCGGAGCCUCCAUCCUGGCCACGGCGGCAAACCUCCUGCGGCACUACCCCACCGAGGAGGAGGAGCAGGCCCUGGAGCUGCUGUCUGAGAUGGAGGAGAGCAGCGAGACGUAUCCUACCGAUUAUGACAUUGCCAACCAGUUCCAGCCGCCGCCUGCGUACACACCGUAAUGUAGUCUGGUGUGGCCUCGUCUCGCUGUCUUCUCUCUUUCACCUGAGCUUCUCUUAUCUGCACCACUACUGGCCUCUCAUCAAACAUGUAUCUAUGGCAACCCGAUCCAGUAACUCUACCAAAUGGAUGUCCGGCAAAUUUUCUUCUUUCCAUAAUCAAAACACAAUGAACUCAAUUGUUUCUCAACUGUUGGUGCUUGUAUGCAUGAAAGCUUUUUUCUUUGUGGUGGCAGAAGUUUUCGUGUUUCUUUUGUUUUCCACAACUGAAGCCUUUGAGUUUCAGUAAACUGCAUGUGAAUGGCAACUGGGGUUUGGUCCUUACAAGCAAGCUUAAUUACAUUGGGCAUUGUUUCAUGCUUUGCUGUACGAAACGAGUCUUCAGGUUUACUGACAAGUAGUGGUGUAACAGUCCUCGUGCUCUACAACAGUGGGAACGUCACGACUUGACAAAUGCCAAAUUUUGAACAAAUUAGGGGUGAACGAGUGCAGUGUAUUGCCCUUUUGUUUUAUAAGUUGAAUUGCUACAGAUCAACAUGCUUCAUUUAUUAUUAAUUUGAUGGUGGUCGUUUAUACUGUACUAUUUAACUUUUUAAUCAGUAAAACAACAGUACUGAGACUACACUUAGUUUUUUUUUUAAACAUUUAUGUUCAUUUUAAUUUACCCUUAUUUAUUAAAUGAUUGUCCCCGGUGUGGUAUAGACAACACUUUUUCUUUUUCCAUUUGCUGUGUAUGUAAGGUGUUUUCAGUUUAAAAUUAGAUUUGAUUUAGGUGGUGGUUUCUCAGUGGUAAGGAGUGAUAGUUAAACAAAUAUAGUCGUCUUCUCUACAUUAAUUUGGCUUACAAAUAGGUCAAAUCUCCAUUUGAAUUGCGACUCUUGUUUGUACACGGUAAGCAGUGUUCUCUGUGCAGUCUCCUCUGAUUCUCCAGAUUGUGAAUGUGAUUGUCUAACAUUUUGGACAAAUUUUACACACAGGCACCACAAGUUGGGAAUUUGGCGAUAUUCUAGAUUUUUUUGUAUGUGAUUAAUGUAAUUGUAAAUGUAGCUGACCAUUAUUCCUCUUGUAAAUUUCAUAUCUUCAUUUGUAUUUCCCCCUCAAUUAGUUGCUAUACUUACUCAGUGUGUGGAGAAUGUGUAUUGUAAAAUAUUGUGCACUGUUUAUAUAUAAAGCUGCUCAUGUUGGAAAUAAUAAAAAAAGAAAUGCCAUGAA